UCGAAUUCCUGAACCGCGCUGAAAGAAUAGGUCUACUCGUAUCUCAAGAUAAUAGCUACCGGUAGCAAAAGCUUCUUAGAGCUGUGGAAGACAGGAUCUUUGAUUUUCUGUUGAAGGAUCCUUCGUUUCUUUCAUUGCGAAAGAAGCACAAAAGAAACAACACCUGCUCUAUACAGUACACAGAUGAGUCGCUCUCAAAUGACCAGUCCUCUGGAACUAUGAAAGGUCGGAAACAUCUUGCCCCAGCAACCAAUCCAACUGACAACUGAAUCCCCACCACUCUGCUUGCACCUAAAUUUACCAUGAUGACGGACAAACCAUCGGAAGAGACAUUGCCUGCAUCCCACAACAAUGAGGUUGUAGAUCCAAUACCUUCACCAGCAGAAAGAUUCCACUUUGUCUCAAGAAGAUACAUGAUCUUGGCAGUCAUCCUCAUUGGGAUUCCUCUCUUUAUGGUCCAUUGGCAAAGUCUACCCAGCAUUGAAGCGGCGACCGUUUCUACAGAAGAAUCGUCCAAGAAGGAGUUCCUCCCUGAGGUGACGGAUCAAGUAAGUGCUGUCACGAGCACGCACCAGACCGACUCUGCUUCUCGGCCAUCCAUUGUCUGGCUCAUGAGUUAUCCCAACAGUGGUACCAGCUAUACCAUGCGCAUGGUAGCAUCGGCUUCCAAUCGUGCCGUUGCCACCAACUAUGGAAAUGAAUACACGGAUAAAGAUCAUCCCGCUAAUAUGCCACUCUACCCUGUGAAAGAUGGAUUGCUUCCACAAGGACCUUUUUGGAGAGCGCAAGACCAGCAACGAUUGCCCGAUCAAUUCAUCCUAACAAAGACUCAUUGUGGUGGUAGAUGCGGGCGAUGCCGACCUAGCCGAUAUGUCUUGACAUACUCCCAGUUCCUUCAUGCGUGUACAGAGGGGAAGGGUUGUCUCCCGAAUUCUGAUAGCAACAGCUCUUCACCUUGUGAAUGGACCACAACACACUAUCCUCCCCCUCCUCACAAUCCUCGAAUUGGCAAACUCAUUCAUUUGAUUCGCAGUCCCUUUGACAACUUUAUAUCACGCUUUCACUUGGCACGCAAACUAACCGCACAACGAAUGAAGAAUGACCCCAAAGGAUUGAAGCAAUGGAUGGAUGCACACCCUGACAGCCCUGCAGGGUUUACAAGGUGGUGUCAAGAGCUCGACCAGCAGUAUGGUUCACCAUUUGACCAUGAUAACUCAAAGCUACCCAACAUUGAUCACUUGACUUGUCUUGGGGAAUGGUUUCGAUACAUCCAAUGGCAUGGGAUGACCUUGAUGCUCCAGGAACAGAACCCAAAGCAACUGCCAACUCUGACAAUCUAUUACGAAGACUAUGACCGCAAUUGGAACGAGACUACAAGCAGCAUCCUGGACUUUUUGAAACUGGAGCGAGACGAGACUUCCACGGUACGGGAGUUCGUCGCUAGAAAACCUUAUGAUGAUUACUACACCCAAGCACAACGCAAACAAGCCAAGGUUCUGGUGAAAAAGCUGGUAUCAGACAAUCUUUGGCAACUCCUCAAGCAAUAUUUUUGAACUUUUUGACUUGAUGGAUCCGCCAGACACGGACGGGCAAAACUUCAAAUUGUAUGUGUGGUUCAAGAAUCACAGCAUGGUCUUGCUUUGGCCUUAGUUGCGCUGCCAAAAGCUUACCUUACUACGUAGUGGCAAGCAAGUGGCAUGGACACGGCAGCAACACUAUGUCGUGCACUUCGAAGAAGAGGCUUGGGCGUUGACGAGACGCCCAAAGGCCAUGUACCACAAUGUUUGGUGGAAGGCAACUACUUCACAGCCAUUGAGAUGAUGGAAACUAUGUUUGAACUAGUUUAUAAGGUUAGUUAAGUCGGCUACGGCUCUCUAUUGCAACUCUACUUCACCCCAUGGCGGCGACGACGAGCAAUGUUUUUGAAGU